GCGAUUUCUUUUGUAUUUAUCUUCGGGGUGGUGUGCAUUUUUCUCUGGCUUGUCUUCAGUCAGGAUUCAGGAAUCGUGUACCUCUAAUAAUAUUGCUGACUGCUAAAUGAGCAAAAAUGCUCAAAUUUGUAACUUUUUUUGUAUUGUGCUAUAUGGUGUUUAAUGUUCAUGCUGGAGAUGAUAUGCCACCCGAAGUAAAAGCAAUGUUGAAAAAUCUGCAUGAUAUGUGCGUAGCGGAAACCGGCGCCAGUGAAAGUGAUAUAGCAGAUUUCAAUAAGGGCAAACAUAAUCCAGUGGAUAACUUGAAGUGUUACAUGAAAUGUCUCAUGGUGCAACUUGGAAUUUUCGACGAUGAUGGAGCAUUUGACUCUGAAGCAUACGUUGACUUACUUCCUCCGCAUAUGACAGAGUUCGGUAAAAAAGUAGUAGCCAAUUGUAAAACCGAAGGAAGUGGAGCUUGUGAUAUUGCGUACAAUCUGAAUGUUUGUAGUUAUAAUCAAGAUCCAAAGAUAUACAUGCUUUUCUAAACAAAAAUACCACCAAAAAAUAAGAAAAUGCUGCGAAGAUACUGAUUCGCACAAGACGAUGUGAUAUAAACGAUGACAGAUUCGCAAAUGAAUUAAACAACCCAAAUACUACGUGUAUUAUUCCAUUCAAUGUUUUCUUUUUAAUUUAUAAUAAGUAAAAAUUAAAACGUACAAAACAACAAAAAGAAAAAAAAAGCAUUUACAUUUU